CACACAGCCCAAGAAUCAGAAGGCAGUUGGGUAUUUGUAUAAUGAAGAAUUAUGGGGCUCUUUGACCGAGGUGUUCAGAUGCUUUUAACCACCGUUGGUGCUUUCGCUGCCUUCAGCCUCAUGACCAUAGCUGUUGGGACUGAUUACUGGCUUUACUCCAGAGGGGUUUGCAAGAUGAAAGGUACCGGUGAGAACGAAACCAGCAAAAAGAACGAAGAAGUCAUGACCCAUUCUGGAUUAUGGAGAACCUGCUGCCUGGAAGGGAAUUUCAAAGGUCUGUGUAAGCAAAUCGAUCACUUCCUCGAGGACACAGAGUAUGAAGCCGACACAGCAGAAUAUUUCCUCCGGGCUGUAAGGGCCUCUAGUAUUUUUCCGAUCCUGAGUGUGAUUCUGCUUUUCAUGGGUGGACUCUGCAUUGCAGCCAGCGAGUUCUACAAAACCCGGCAUAACAUCAUCCUUAGUGCCGGCAUCUUCUUCGUGUCUGCAGGUCUGAGUAAUAUAAUUGGCAUCAUUGUGUACAUAUCAGCCAAUGCUGGAGACCCCUCGAAAAGCGACUCCAAGAAGAACAGUUACUCUUAUGGUUGGUCCUUCUACUUCGGGGCCCUGUCCUUCAUUAUAGCCGAGAUGGUGGGAGUGCUGGCCGUACACAUGUUUAUUGACCGGCACAAACAGCUGCGUGCCAGUGCUCAUGCCACGGACUACCUCCAGUCCUCUGCCAUCACCCGCAUACCCAGCUACCGCUACCGCUAUCAGAGACGCAGUCGAUCCAGUUCCCGUUCCACUGAGCCUUCACACUCCAGGGAUGCCUCUCCCGUCGGGAUCAAAGGGUUCAACACCCUCCCAUCAACGGAGAUCUCGAUGUACACCCUGACCAGGGACCCCCUGAAGGCUGCCACUACUCCCACCGCCACCUACAAUUCAGACAGGGAUAACAGCUUCCUCCAGGUUCACAACUGUAUCCAGAAAGAAAACAAGGACUCCACCCACACUAACACAGCUAACCGCCGGACCACCCCCGUAUGAAGCCGUCGAGAAGGGCUGAAAAUGGGGGACAGGGAUGGCGGGAGUGGGACUCGGGUGCAGAAUGGGAGGGA